AGGAGGGACCCAAUAUGGCGGAGCCCACGGGUGCCAGAAAGGGCCGGUCAUGUCUGGGAACGGAGCUGUGUGGGGGCGUGUGCGGACUCGCAUGCGCGCCUUCCCCGAGCACUUGGCGGCCUGCGGGGCCCAAGCCGCAGCCUACGGCAAGUGCGUGCAGGCCUCCACCGCCCCGGGCGGCCGCCUCAACAAGGACCUCUGCGCACGGGAGUUCGAGGCCCUGCGCAGGUGCUUCUCGGCCGCGGCUGAGAAGGCCCUGAUGGGAGGCUCUUAGGAAGAACCUUAGCUCUGGUCCUCACAUCCACCACUGCCCAUGGGCUGGGCACAAUGCCUCAUAUUGAUGGCGCACACGGAUGCUCUUGGGGCUGAAAGGAGGUGUGAGCAGUGGCGUGCUUGGGUGUUUUCCAGUGUUGUAUAUGUAAGCAUCUAAGUCAGAUUAAAAUGUGAGUGAACCAGCA